AUGAUGUCCCGAAGUCAAUCGAGCUUGGGUUGGGUGGAUUCGGUCAGAGACGACCCUUCGACCGCGGGAAACUCGCCUGCCUUUAACCAGUCCACUUCUACUUCGGGUCCCAUCAAUUUGUCGGGUUUGGUUUGCAAUGUGCGCAGGACGACAGGCAGGGAGCCGCGUCCCCUGGUUGGAGCGACGACGACUAUCCUGGGCGAUAAACUCUACGUUUUUGGUGGCCGGAUUCUCUCACGGAGUCGUCCGCAAUUGACGUCCGAUCUAUACGAACUCGAUUUGGUCCGCCGCCAUUGGUCCAAAAUCGAAGCGACCGGCGAUAUCCCCCCUCCUCGAUACUUUCAUAGCGUUUGUGCUCUGGGCGAUGAGAAAUUGGUUUGCUAUGGUGGUAUGUCCCCGGCUCCGACUGAGUCGUUGAAUAAUGGGUCAGGAGGGCAAGAUUCGCAGCCAGAAGUCGUCGUCAUGUCUGAUAUCCACGUCUUCGACGUACCGUCUCGCACUUGGAAGCGCCUGUCCACGGUCGAUUCACCCCAAGGCCGAUACGCGCAUUGUGCAACUAUAUUGCCAUCCAGUGCUUAUUUUACUUCAGCCAAUGCACCCCGGUCUGCUAUCCACUUCAACCCUUCUUCUGCAGACCCCCAUCAAGGGUCCAUUGGGGUCGAUAUUGACGGGUUCGGAGGUGCAGAAAUGGUCGUGACCGGAGGCCAAGACAGCUCCAACCAUUACAUUGAACAGGUCAGCGUCUUUAACCUCCGGAGUCUCGAAUGGACCAGCACCAGCUUCCUGGGUCGAAGUUGCGGUGCAUAUCGGAGUGUGGUCGCACCGUUGGUUGGCAUGAAACUCUCAGAAAUCGGAUCUGCUUGCACGGAUAAGGAUGCGCAUGAGCCGAUUGACGAUUCGCAGGUCGAAGGGUGUCCAAUGUUGAUAUACUCGAACUACAACUUCUUGGAUGUCAAGUUGGAACUCCAGAUCCGUUUACCGGAUGGUCGUUUGAUCGAGAAGCCCAUGCCCAGCCAGGCAUCCCCUCCCGGCUUGCGAUUCCCCAACGGAGGCGUUAUCAAUGGCCAUUUCGUCGUGAGUGGCACCUACCUCACUUCUUCGAAACAGGAGUAUGCGCUGUGGGCGCUUGAUUUGAGGACCCUAACAUGGGGCCGGAUUGAUGCCGGUGGCUCCGUGUUUGGUCAAGGCAGUUGGAACCGUGGCAUGCUGUGGUUGAGAAGAAACACAUUUGUGAUCCUUGGUCACCGCAAGCGCAGUCUGGUGGAGGAUUACAACCACCGACGGAUCAACUUCUCACACUUGUGCCUGGUGGAAUUGGAGGCCUUUGGGCUUCACAACAAUCCUUGCAGGGUCGCUCCUACGUCCGGGUACCAGUCGUACAGUGCUCCGUCGAUCCCAGCCUCUUUGCAGCACAAGUUACUACAGUUGACUUCGUCGGGCGGACGACCGUUCUCACCCGCCUCGGAAGAGCUGGGCAAGCUCGCCCAGUCUCUUCCAGAGAUGGCCGAUAUGGAGCUUCAGGCCAUCGGCGGUGAACGCAUUCCGGUAAACUCGCGCAUCCUCUCGCGUCGAUGGGGUCCGUACUUCAUCCAAUUAUUACGAGAGUCAUGCGACAACGGAGUUUCAGAUUCUGCCACACUCCGGCCACCGACUCAAAUGUAUGGAAAUCGAAACUCGACUAUCACAAUUACCCCAUCUAUCGGCCAAAACAGCAGCUACUCGAACGCGACCACCCUGGUCAGCAACAACCAUGCAGACCCUACCAAAGCCAUGUUGGCAAACCUCGAAAUUCCUUCCGCACAUACCUUACCUCCUACUACUCGUCCUCGUGUCCUCUACCUCCCUCAUACCUAUUUCACACUGCAAGUCCUCGUCGAUUACUUCUAUACAUCGUCUCUUCCCGCACCUGGAUCAUCACUCUGCACACCACAAAUCCUCUGCUCUCUCCUGCAACUGGCGCGACCAUAUCAGAUAGACGGUCUCCUAGAAGCGACCGUGGAACGUCUGCACCAGGUUCUCGACGGCCGAAACGCCGCAGCUGUAUUCAACGCGGCUGCCAUGGCCGCUGGAGGCGGACGAGGCACUGGCUUCACCAGUGGAAUUGGCGGCACCCUCGAAGCGCUCAACGGCGUGAAUACUGCAGCCGCUGCAGCCGCUGCCGGAGACGCUGCGACCAUCGGCGCGGGAACGAGUGCCUCAAACAGCCAUCUCAACUCCGACUCCUCGGACACCGAACAUGGCACGGCCUCUGGCCGUUCGAUCUCGAGCAGUUCCGGAGGACAAUCUCGCGGCCCACCCCUCCGCAUCAACACCAACUUCUCCUUCGGCCGGAACCGUCGUCACCGUCAAGAACGAGGCGCUACCCGCGAGCGCGAAGAUUCAAUCAGCAACGCCAGCACUUCCACCUCCGCAUCCACAAAUACUAGCUUCGAUUACUCCGACUCUGACACGAUGGGCGGUGAUCGUUCGCGCUCUGUGAGUCGGCAGCGUCAACGCCACGAUACCGAUGCAUACGGGGAGGGAGAGAUCUGGACGGGCGAUCUGAGCAGCGUCAUUGGGUUACAGAAACGUGGUCUGCGCGGUUUGAUGGAGGGUCGACGGUUAAGGGAACGGAGCGCGAAACCGGCCAGUACCAGCGGACCGAUUUCGUUUGAGGGUGGUGUCCCGGGCGGUCCAUAA